AUGAGCGAAAAUGUAGAAGAAUCAAAAAGUCGUCUAAAGGAAUCUGUAGAGAUUCAAUCAGCUUCUGAAGUAGAAUCCAGCGUUAAAUCUUCGGAAUUAGACCCUCCAUCUGCUUCCUCUGUAGAAUCAGAGUCUUCUGUUGGAGAUCAUGGACCUUCUGAAGAGAAAGACGAUAAGCCUUCUGGUAAAGGCUCUGAGUCAGAUGAGGAAGAAGAUGAUGAUGAAUCUGACCAUAUAGAUCUUCAGGAAAUUAACCUUGAGGACUAUAAAAACACUGAGAAGGUUGAUGAAGAUGACCCCUUAGACCAAUGUCCUCCUGACUUUGAAUGGGCUAAGAUACAUGGAAAGGCUAAUAAAGUUAACAACAUUAUUACUAAAGAAAUAAAACCAGAGAUUAUUGAGAACGAGGCUAAUUAUUGUAAAUGUUGAAGGCUUCCCACCGACAAAUUGACUCAGCCAUUUGAGUUAUGUACAAACGUACUGAACCUUGAGGAUCUUGGCGCAGGCUUCCCUCUUUAUUAUCAAUUUAAGUCCUUCACCAUUGUGAUGUACAUAUUUAUGAUUAUUAUUGCUGGAAUUGCAGGGAUAGCCAUUAAUUAUGACAAGGAUAGAGGCGAGGAGUGGGACCAAGACUCAUCAUUUAUUGUAAAGACAUCUAUUGGAAACCAUGGAAUGCACUAUUCUUACUAUGAUAGACAGCCGGUUCAUGUUAUGCAAAUUUUGAAUUCCAUCAUUAUUUUGAUUGUAUUUGUAGGAGGAGCUAUUUUAAUAUUUAUGCAAAAUAAAGUUAUCAAUCAGAUUGAUGAGAAGAACCUUACACCUUCGGAUUAUGCGGUGAUGGCUACUCACUUGCCAAUCAAUAAAACUCAGGAAGAAGUUGAAGAGUGGUUUAAAGAGAAACUCCCAGCUCUUGAGAUUAAAUAUAUUAACUAUUGUUAUGACAUCAAUGAUAUUGUUCGUGUUGCUAGAAAGUUGACCUUCCUCCAACAGACCAAGGCUUAUCUUGAAGCUUAUAAAAAGAGAAAACUGAAGAAACUUGGAAUGUCAGAGCACGAAGCAGUAUCCAAAGAGAUAGAUCUUUCACCUCCUCCUCGAACUUUGUGAUGAUGUUUCUGAAAGAAGGAGUAUCCUGAUAUCCAAUCAGUUGAUUUAUCCAUUGCUAAACAUAAGAAAAAACUGGGCGAACUUGAGAAAGAGCUUGAAAUAAAUACAGAAAAAGAUCUCUACUGCGGUACAGCCUUUAUUGUUUUUGAUAAACAAAGUCAUUCUAAUAUGACCAUUAAUCAUUUCGAAGUGAACAUGAUUAGAAGGGCCUUCUCCUUCAUAAUCUACGAAAUAUUCAAGUGUAAGAAGUCCAAAGUUGAUGACCGAUACUGGGAAGGAAAAAGAGUCUACAUAGAAAGACCAUCAGAGCCAACAGAUGUGUAUUGGGAAAACCUUUCUGUAAAAACUAUUGAAAGGGUCAAAAGAGGAUUCUAUACUAACUUGAUCGCCUUCGGAUGUCUAAUUGUCGCCUUUGGAAUUAAUCUUGGUCUGAGCUUUAUUAAAGAAGCUAUUGAUAAUGAUUCCAAUACAGGAGACACAAGCUUUGAGAGCUUCUUGAUCAGAACUUUAUCUCUUCUCACUUCAUUUUUUGUUGUUAUUAUUAAUGUCACUCUUGGAAGAAUUAUUCGUGUACUAGCGACAUAUGAGAAACACGAGACUUACUCAAAGUAUCAUUUAUCAGUUGCAGUCAAGCUUACCAUAGCUAUGUUUAUUAAUACAGGAAUAUCUCCACUGUUUGUUAACUUUGGAAGAGAAAACUGGUUUGAUGCUGGAGGUCUCAUGGUUGAUAUUUUCUUUAAUACUCUAACUAUCAGCUUUAUCAGCCCUCUUGUAUACUUACUGAACCCUAUUUAUUUCAUCAAAUUAUGUAGGAGGAUAUCUGAGAAAAAGAAAGGUGACAAAUCAAAGCUCACACAGAGACAAGCCAACGCUCUUUUCGAAGGACCUCCAUUGGAUAUGGCUCAGAGAUACGCUAAUACAAUGCUCUUGUUCUGUAUGGUUGUAUUUUACAUGUACCCACUUCCCAUAAUCUCUGUUAUUGCAAUUUUUGGAGCUUUGUGGCAAUAUUGGGUCGAAAAGUAUGUUCUCCUUCGUAGACAUAAAAUUCCAGAGCAAAUUGGGGCAACAAUGGCUCAAGUGUUCAGCUCGAUGAUCCCUUUCUUCUGCUUCUUAUAUGCAAUUUCACUGCUCUCUUUUUCAGACAUUCUAUCUGAAGGGCACUUUAACAUCAUUGGGAUUGGAGCCUUUAUCAUCACUAUUAUCUUCAUGAUAAUCCCUCUUAGAUUUAUUGUUGGAAAAUGCACCACUGACGCUCGAAAAUUUGAUGAACAGACUUAUGAGAGGAACCAUGUUACCUUCUCGUCUGACUACAACCGAGCUAACCCAAUGACACAGAAGGAAGCUAAUCUUAAGUUCCUUGAGCAUCUUAUCGCUACAGGGAAGUCUAAUCAACAACAAGCUCUCGAGAGACAGAAACAGGCUCUUAACCAACAGGGAAGAUAUUUUGGAGUUGCCCAGUAUGGACAGUUUAAUGCUGGAUUACAGAAUAGAGUUCAGCAAGUUUUCCAGCAACCGUUCUUUCAAUCACAACCAAUGUUCCCCAUGCAGUAUCAAAUGAGUUAUGCUACACCUGUCCAAUAUUAUCCGGCAGGCCCCAAUGCUUAUCAAGCUAGAGUGUAUCAGCCAAUUCAAAUGCAAGGACAGUUUAAUUUUAAUAUAAGAGGAAACUACAGAUUCGGUGGAUUUAAUAACACUGGUGGAGGCUUUUCAAGAGCUGCAUUUGCUCAAGGGAUGAAUCAAGCAAGAAUGAAUCCAUACUUUCAGCAUGCGAGACAAUAUUCGGCUCCUCAAACAGUUCCGAGUGCUCGGCCAAACCAACCCCAACCUCAACCUCAACCCCAACCUCAACAACAGCCCCAGCCCCAACCCCAGCCACAACCCCAACCCCAGCCCCAAAUGCAGCUCCAACCCCGUCCAUCCUACUACCCUCCCCAAACAAUGUACAGAUCUCCCCAGCCAGCCCAGUACCACCCCCAAUCCUACUCCCGCGCAGCCUACCUCCAAAACCCCUCCCCAGCCCCUGCUAAACACUAAACCACACCUAAAUCUCCCUCUCUACCCAACACAUUACUUAAAUUU